CGUAGCAAAAAGAAUACAAACCUCGGGAGCUUGAGCAGCUGGUCGGCUUCCAGUAGGAAUGGGUUAUUUAAGCAGUGCGGUUUCUCCACGGUUUAUAGCAAACCAUUUGUUUUUAUUAUUAUCCUGUCUAUUCGGGCUGUCACUUGGCACAGAACUGAGCUUUGUGACGUGCGGAUCGGUCGUCAAAUUGUUAAAUGUUAAGCACAAUGUGCGACUGCACUCUCACGAUGUGCGCUACGGCUCCGGCAGCGGGCAGCAGUCUGUGACUGGGGUUACUGCAGUGGAAGACAGUAACAGCUACUGGCGUGUGAGAGGGACCAGUGAUGCCUUUUGCCAUCGGGGGACCCCAAUUAAGUGUGGCCAGACAAUUCGCCUCACUCACGUCAACACAGGCCGAAACCUGCACAGCCACUAUUUCAUCUCCCCAUUGUCCUCUAACCAGGAGGUGAGCGCAUUUGGUGAGGAGGGGGAAGGAGAUCAUCUGGAUGAGUGGACGGUUCAGUGUGCGGGGUCUGUAUGGAAGCGUGAGGAGGCCGUGCGCUUUCGUCACAAGGCCACUGAGGCGCUGCUAUCAGUCACGGGGGAGCAGUACGGACGGCCGAUCCACGGCCAGAGAGAGGUUCAUGCCAUGUUGGGGCCCAGCCAGCACAGCCUGUGGAAGGCCAUGGAGGGCAUCUUUAUGAAGCCCAACGAGAGCCCUGCAGGCACCCGAGACUUCAGUCACUCCCACACAGAGUUCUGAACAUCUCUUCUCUUCCUUUGUAUUUUUGGCACGUGCCAUCCUUUUAUUAUGGUAUUCCGUAAAUGCAUCUCCACCCCCUCCUCUUUUGACCCAUUUCUCUCUUGUUAAACUUUGCCAUUUCUUUUUAAAAGACUGUGCGAAGGUCCUUCAAGGAUCAGGGACAUUUUCUUAAUCUUUUAAAUCUUUCUAAUAUCAAGUAAAGUGUUAAAAUAAAGUUCCACACACAACUAAUGGUGGAGAUUAAACCUUAAACUCUAAACUAAGUGAAUCAACAACAUUUCAUUCAUGUCAGGCCCCAACCAGCACAACAGGUACGAGAAAACACAAAUAUUGAAAAGAAUUAAAAAGAGAGUACUCUCUAUUACAGUUUGUGACAUAUGCAGGGAAACUGUUAUUUAAUGUUGAAUAACCUCCGCCAGCAGCUACACUACAGCACAACGUGCCUUUAUGAAAACUAGUCAAUGUUUACAAUGUGGGGCCUUUUAGACUGUUGGAAACAAACAUUGUUUUUCUUUAUUUUUACAGUGGAAACGCAGUGUUACGACAGAAAAUGACUUUGUUUCCCUUUGACUUAAAUUCAGUGUUAUAAUUAACCCGUUUGCAGCAGCAUGAGUCUGUCUGUGGGGGAGCUUUGGUAUGUUUGCAUACUUUAUUGAUCUGGAUGCUGUUAUUUCAUCAGUUUACACAUGCUGGGAUAAGGUUCAGUGUUUUUGUGCUCAUGCUGCCUGUGUGCGUGUGUGAUGCGGUACCUCUUUGCUACAGAGGCUAAAAGCAACAAAUCGGCAAUGAAUACCUCAUUAAAGAUUUUUUUAAUGCA